AUGUUACCGUUAAAACAGUUAGCGUGUUAUGGUCGGAAAGUUGUGUUCUACGAUCAAAUUGGUUGUGGUAAAUCAAGCGUAUCAAACAAUACUGAAAUCAACACAUCCCAUUUGUUAACAACAGAAUAUUACGUAGAAGAAUUACAAUCAGUAAUAUUACAUCUUAAAUUCGAUAAAGUAUAUAUCUUAGGACAUUCUUGGGGUGGCAUUGUUGCACAAUAUUAUGCAUUAAAACAUCCAAAUGAAUUAAAAGGACUAAUUUUAGCAAGCACAUUGUCUGAUGCACAACUAUGUAAGUGAUCGUCGAAUGAGAUAAAACUUUGAACGGAUGGAUUGAUCAGAGCCGAAGUCAGGAUCCGCCACUUACGGCGUUGAUGUUCAGAACUAUUGAGCCAUAUAAACCACGAUCAUCAUCUUACUCUAAACAUGAAGGCAUGUCAACGUUAAGAAAAAAAUAAAGUUCAUUCAGAGUCACGAAAAAGUGCUUUUCGUUCGAUAACCCAGAAGACUUUCUAAUUCUGGCUAGGCGUACUGCUAAAAGUUUAGGAAAAUUUUCUGAGCAGAAUGGCAAAAAACAAUGUCUGAGGGAAAAUAAUAUUAGUUUCAAAAUUUUUCCUAAAGUUUUGGUGGUACCCCUCGCCAAACUAGAAAAUCUUCUGGGCUAUCAAGUGUGCUGAAUAUGAAAAACACUUUUCCGUGGCUCUAAAUAAACUUUAUUUUUUCUGUUGAUGAUAUGAAAUAAUAUCACAUUACUAAGACUCACACAUGGGACCUAUGGCUACUUCUGCGGACUCUUCGAUUAACUAAACUAUUCAUCCGAAAGAGCAGUCAUGCACCGAUUAUAACCGGAUACAAUUUCG